GUAACUAUUAUCUACCAGUGCUUCGUAGAGUGUUUUUAUAAGAAGAACAAGUUCAUUGGUAAGAACAAUACGCUCAACAUGAAGAUGGUCCAACUGGAAGCAGAGAAUCUGUAUGCAGAGCAACCUAAGGAAAAGGAAUACUUUGUGGCCACCUAUGAGAAAUGUCAGCCAAUAGUGUCUGAGCAAUACAAUAUGUUGAUGGCUUCACCACCAGCUAAGGCAGCACUUAAGCCCAUGUGUAGACCAUUCUUUUCACUCAUACACGUUUGUUUCAUGGAAUAUCACAAGAAGAACGAAUGUCCCUAUUUUCGUUGGCAGAAGAAUGGCAAAUCAGAUGAAAGUACGGCCUGCAGACAGGCCAGAAAUAAAUGCUACGAAAUUGAUGGUAUCAAGCCGCAUGAAUCACAUACUCGUAAUGUAUAGAAUGCCAAAACGAAGGGAGAUAAUAUUCAAUAAACAGUUGCAGAAAUAUCUCAAUGUUCGUAUAUGUUUGGUAAUCAUACAAAGAACUUAUAUUUUAUUUCUAC